ACAGACAGGGAGAGCAGAGACACAGUCCUUGCCAUUUACUGGUGCACUCACUGUUCUGAAGACGUUCAGGCAGUAACUGCAGCAAAAAAAUUUAAACUUCAGCCAUGGCUUUGUCACACCGGGAGCCACUCUCUGAGACGGUGGGAAAGCGCAUGGUCGUUACAGGUCCAGACUACAUAAAAGAUCACUUGCCUAAAGUUCACCAGCAUACCGCCUAUAUAGGAGAAAAGCGUCCAGCAUUAGAGAAAACUGGAGAUCUCAAAUAUUUAUGGAGGCCUGCUUCAAACCGAAGCCUGCCGGCAAAAUACAAACACGAGUACACUGGUGGAAUUGGUUGGGGGAUACCACAGUACAGUUUCUUCAACAGAUCAAGACUGGAAAGUGGCUUUCAUAUCCAGCAUGGCGAACUAAGUCUUCGAGCGAUGGAAAAAAUAACCCACCGUUAUCAAAACCCUUGGCAGCCGAAGCCUUUUGUCCUGAACAAGCAACGAGGAUACAGUCGCGGUUUUCUCGCCUGGAAUAUGAGUGAUUAUGAAGACAUCGAACAGAGAAACUCUAAACGGGCUAUUCUCGUUAAACAGAGUAAGUUACUAAGGAGCACCGCACCCUCCAGGCUGCCUAAGCUGCCAAACAAGGAAGAGAAGAAAAGGAAACUCAGGUCUCAAAAUCAGGACAAAUGACAGUGCUUCUAGGAGAAAAUCAGAUCAUAAUAACCCUGAGUGCUUCUCCUGAUACCUCUUGGACAGACAGCCUGAAGAGCAUGCUUCAGUUAAGAGCCAAAUAAAGAUUGUUAUAAA